AUGGCGUCCGGAAAUGACUGGUGGCGGGCGAUCCAAGAGUAUGACUUUGAUGAUGCAUACUUCAACAACGUUGGUUCCAGCAUUGACUGUGAAUUUGAUGAUGAUGAUUGGACCAAUUCGGAUUCCGAACGUGAAGAAGAGGCAGAGUUUAAUUUAAUGAAUCCUAUAGUCGGGGAGAUGUAUGCGUAUAUGAAGCGGCAUUAUGAUAAACAACCAAUGCGUGCUAGUGCAUUGACUGGCAAGGCGUAUAUGGACGAGGUCACUGAAGGUAAUGCUAUGAACUGUUACGAGAUGUUCCGCAUGACACCUGAAUUACUAUUACAUUUAAUGGAUGAGUUGGCUCAACAUGGUUACUUGAGGGACGGACAUGGUGAGGUGAAUGCCACUCAGGCCAUGGCCAUGUUAUUGUACAUACUUGGACACAACACCUGCUUUAGAUGUGUUGCCGACAGGUUUCAAUACUCAACAGAAACCGUGUGUCGGCAUUUUCGUAAGGUGUUGCGAGCUGUCCACCACUACGCGAAGCAUUUAAUUAAACCUGAUCAAAAUGUCACAGGCCUCCUCGAACAUCUUCAAAGAUGUAUAGGAGCAAUUGAUGGAAUGCACGUGAGUGCCCGACCUCCUGCAAAUGAGACUCAAGCACAUAGGGACCGCAAAAGCCUUAUAACAACUAAUGUGUUGUGUAUGUGUAACAUGGACAUGCAGUUCACAUUUGUCCAUGGUGGGUGGGAGGGCAGUGUGAAUGACUCAAGAGUUUUCGAGGAAGCAAUCAAUGAUCGGAAGUAUGGAUUCCUAUGGCCACCAACAAGGUCGUACUACUUGUUAGAUUCGGGUCUACCAAUUGGCACUAGUUUUCUCCCCCCUCACAAGUCAACUAGGUACCAUGCGCAAGAAUUCAACUUAAGCGGUAGAUGGAUAACAUCAAAGAAAGAGUUGUACAACUACAGGCACUCGUCCUUACAGAUGGUUAUUGAGCAAUCCUUUGGAGUGCUGAAGGCCUGUUUCCCCAUUCUGAAUUUAAUGCCAAACUUCAAGCCAAUUAGGCAGCGGUACGUGGUUAUUGUGUGCUAUGCUCUACACAAUUUCAUACGCAUGAAUAAUCGGAGUGAUGAAUUGUUCAGAACAAAAGGGGAGAGUGAUGGCGAAGGCAGUGGAGAUGUUGGAGCAUCAACAAGCUCAGCGACCCAAAGGCAUGUACUAAAAAUGUCAAGUGCAUCAAAGAGAGCGAUGGGCCAAGUUAAGGACAAUAUAACUGACACAAUGUGGAAUGAUUAUGUUGCUCAUGGCAAUGUGAGAUGA